UUGCUUUCGCCUCACCACUCAAACGAAACCCCUCUCUCUCUCUCACACUCACUCUCUUGGGAAUGCACCUGCCCGACGUCACCAAUGACAAGCCUGCGAGUGAGCGAACGGUCGAAUGUUUCCUCAAACACACUCUAUAUUUCCAGUGUAAGAUACCUGUCAGUCUAGGUGCCGAGCACAAGGGAAAGCAAACUUGAUCAGGAACACUUUGCACACGAAGGAGGCUGCUGACUGAGUGGUCACCAUGGAGCCCUUCCUGCGCAUCGCCUUUAAUGCGUUUGAUGUGGGAGUCCUGCCCCCCUCGACUAACGAUCCCUUCUGUGCCAUUAAGAUGAAGGAGUCCCUCAGCACUGAGCGAGGGAAGACCCUGGUCCAGAAGAAACCCACUAUGUACCCAGCCUGGAAGUCCUGUUUCGACGCCCACAUCUAUGAGGGCCGUGUCCUGCAGGUGAUUCUGAUGAAGACCACAGAGGAGCCAUUGGCCGAGGCCACGGUGGGCGUGUCCGUGCUGGCCGAGCGCUGUAAGAAGGGCAAUGGCUGUGCUGAAUUCUGGGUAGACCUGCAGCCUUCUGGGAAGGUUCAAAUGGCCAUCCAGUUCUUUACGCAGGACACAGACACAACAGCAGCGUUUAAAUCGACAGUGAAGAUGCGCGAAGUGGAGGACGAGCCGAAGACACUGAACCGAAGGAGAGCCAUUAAACAGCCCAAGGUGCACUUCAUCAAGAACCAUGAAUUCACCGCCACCUUCUUCGGACAGCCCACCUUCUGCUCUGUCUGCAGGGAGUUUGUCUGGGGACUCAACAAGCAAGGCUACAAGUGCCGACAAUGCAAUGCGGCUAUCCACAAGAAAUGCAUCGACAAAAUCAUUGGGAGAUGCACCGGAACAGCAGAGAACAGUAGAGACACUGUGUUCCAGAAGGAGCGCUUUAAGAUCGACAUGCCGCAUCGCUUCAAGAGCCACAACUACAUGAGCCCUACCUUCUGUGACCACUGUGGCAGUAUGCUGUGGGGAAUGGUCAAGCAGGGCAUCAAGUGUCAAGAUUGUUCCAUGAACAUCCAUCACAAGUGUCAGAAGAAAGUGGGCAAUCUCUGUGGAAUCAACCAGAAACUUCUGUCUGAGGCCCUCAACCAAGUUAGCCAGAAAUCCAUAAGUAGGUCUGAAUCCAACAAAUCCGAGUCAACGGACGUUGGAAUCUACCAGGACUUCAACAAAAGCCCAGGAGCGGACCCUAGUGAAGCCAAUGAGAAGCUGUGGGAGGGUGGUAAGGUCCCUGCCCCCACCAACAUCACCCCCACGAUCCACCUCACCAUCGAUGACUUUGUGUUCCACAAGGUGCUGGGCAAGGGCAGCUUUGGCAAGGUCCUGCUGGCUGAGCUGAAGGGGCGAGGGCAGUACUUUGCUGUGAAGGCCCUGAAGAAAGAUGUGGUUCUGAUGGAUGAUGAUGUGGAGUGUACCAUGGUGGAGAAGAGAGUCCUGGCCCUGGCCUGGGACAACCCCUUCCUCGCACACCUCUACUCCACCUUCCAGACCAGGGAACACCUGUUUUUCGUGAUGGAGUACCUGAAUGGAGGGGAUCUGAUGUUCCACAUACAAGAUAAGGGUCGCUUUGAUCUCUACAGAGCCACGUUCUACUCAGCAGAAAUCGUAAUUGGACUGCAGUUCCUCCAUUCCAAAGGAAUUAUUUACAGGGACCUGAAGCUGGACAAUGUGAUGCUGGACAGGGACGGCCACAUCAAGAUUGCUGACUUUGGGAUGUGCAAGGAGAACAUGUUUGGAGAGAAUCGGGCCACCACUUUCUGUGGGACACCAGACUACAUCGCACCAGAGAUCCUGCUGGGACAGAAGUACACCUUCUCCGUGGACUGGUGGUCGUUUGGCGUGCUGGUGUAUGAGAUGCUGAUUGGCCAGUCGCCAUUCCAGGGUGAUGACGAGGAAGAGCUCUUUGAGUCCAUCAGGAUGGACGUGCCUCACUACCCUGGCUGGCUCACCAAGGAGGCCAAGGACCUGCUGGAGAGGCUGUUUGAACGAGACCCUAGUAACAGACUAGGGGUGGUGGGGAACAUCCAAGGACACUCCUUCUUCAAGACCCUCAAUUGGCCUGCCCUGGAGAAGAGAGAGCUGGAACCCCCCUUCAAACCUAAAGUGAAAGCGCCCAAUGACUGCAGCAACUUUGACCGGGAGUUCCUGCGUGAGAAGCCCCGCCUCUCCCACGCAGACAAGAACCUGAUUGACUCUAUGGACCAGGCGGCCUUUGCAGGCUUCUCUUUCAUCAACCCCAAGAUGGAAUGCAUUAUGGACAAUUGAAGGCACAACAUGAUUCCUCCAUCUAUCCAUUAUAAACGAAGGAAGGAAGGAAGGAAGGAAGGAAGGAAGGAAGGAAGGAAGGAAGGAAGGAAGGAAGGAAGGAAGGAAGGAAGGAAGGAAGGAAGGAAGGAAGGAAGGAAGGAAGGAAGGAAGGAAGGAAGGAAGACCAGUAUAGCAUUUAUCACUGUGGUGGGUCCAAUCAAUAGUGGUGUCUUUCUUUUCCUUGUGAUCAAAUAUUGAAUCAAUAUGAAUCAGUCCAUAUACUGUACUUUAUCCCCCAACAACACUUGCACCACCCCAUAACUCAGAUUGUUGUUUAAUAUUUUGCAUGCUGGGAAGUCGGGGAUCAAAUGUGGCUCUAUUAUCCCACCCCUGUGUGCCCCACCUACUGUCUGUCACUCUUUCCUGUCCUGAACAUUCACAUAAUACUUUGUGUGUCUGUGCGUGUCAGCACUCGCUGUGCGUAAAUGCAUAAAUGAAUGUGUCUUUGUGAGUGACAGCAUGAAUGUCUAGUAUUUCCCCCUAGCUGUAGCAGCUACUCUGAUUUGGAGUCGCAUGCUGGUGCCAGUUAUGAAUUGUCUAUAAUGAAAAAAAAAGUUUGUACUUUUUCAGGUACAAAAUGAAAGGGUGCUGCAUACAAAAUCUUGUUGUAUAAUACCCAAGAAACAGGACCAGUAGAGAACGCACAGAUGUAUGCUGGCAUGGAUAGUCUCAUUCCCCUCUCACCGUGUGGAUCUAGCUGCCCAUCCACACGGUAUAAAACUAAGGGUUUGCAACCAGUACUGCAACUUCCCCACUUUCCUGAACCAACUGCAGCUACUCUGAUUAAGACCUGAGUAAGUGUGAACCAGAGUGGAACAUCUUUCUGAAGGGAAUAAGUUUAAUGGUACUACACGGUGUGUCGUUUUGAAGGAUAUGGGUGUGUUGGGGGGGUAUUCCAUUGGCAAAAGGAUGGAUAAUUGGGUCUUGUGUUACUUGAAAGUAUUGUCAGAGGCAUCAUGCCCAUCGGGGGCACAAGGGCACGUGCCUCCUCACGUUACAUUAUUUACUAAAUAUCAUUUUUAAGCCAAUCAUUCAAAUGUAUUUAUAAAGCCCUUUUUUACAUCAGCCGAUGUCACGAAGAGCUAUACAGAAACCCAGCCUAAAACCCCCAAACAGCAAGCAAUGCAGGUGUAGAAGCACAGUGGCUAGGAAGAACUCCAUAGAAAGGCAGGAACCUAGGAAGAAACCUAAAGAGCCCACAUAUUUUCAUCAUUAUUUAUAAAAAAAGAUCUGUCAGCUAUAUGUUGCGGAGGGGCCACAGAUUCUGGUACAGUAAGUGGCUCCUUCCAAGGUGCAUCGCGGACCAAAGAUAUGCGUGCAGAGAGUAUUGUCAGUGGAGGAGGAGAGUAAUGGAGUGAAUCACAGUUGAUUUUUACUGCCGGUUAUCGGCAGGUCUCACAGGAGCUAUGUAUGAAACUAAUUUUGAUCACGCUAUGUAGCCAAUUGAUUCAUUCUUGAUAAGUAAAUAAAACACAUGUUUGGUUGUUUCUCUGUAAUACUAGCCACCUAGCAAUUUUAUGAAGUUGACUUUAGCUACAGUGCCCUUUGUAAUUAUUGGGACAGUGAAGCGUGUUUUAUUAUGAAUAGUUUCCUAAUCUCCCAGCCUCAUAAAUAGAUUCCCAGCCAUUUCUGGCUAUCAGUCAAGUUAGAGUAGCUUGUCUAACUAUCUUAGCUGGCAUGUCUGCUGGCAAGGUUGCUAGACUUUAGAAAAUACAAAAAUAGCUUUAAUUCUUGGGUUAUGAGACUAUAUACCAGUGUGGCAGUUUGUACUAAACUCUUAAAAUAUAAAAGUUCUUAAAGAAUCAAUGUGCAUCAUUAAUUAAAAUUACAAUUAAACCGGUUAGGGGUAUGGUUAAAUAACUUAUGCAGAAAAAUAUAAUAUAUUUACAUAGAAUUAGGCAUAACAAUUAUUGCUCUAGAUUGCAGGAAAAAGCUGUUUCAGGUGUUUGAAAAAUGCUAAACUCUCCAACUUGUCAGAAUUCUCAGAAUUCCCACCAUGCAUCUUCAUGUACUAUAUCACCCCUCUAAAAAUAAUGGGUGCAUGAGGCCCCUGGUAUUGUAACAAUAAAAUAAUAAUAUGCUGGAUAUGAAAUGAAAAUGUUGAUUGCCCUAAACAGACACUUUAUAAAUAUUGUAUGUACUUUUUUACUGUCUUCAUAUUUUACAUCUGAUUAUAAAUAAACACAUUUUUAUUUAUGGUGA